UAGGACGGCUAGUUGCCCAGAGGAUCCCUCACCCGAAUGGCUGCGCGGACGAUCUGAAGGACGGACGGACGGAGACGGGGCCCGGACGGAGCGCCCCGCCCGCCCUCCCGGCCCGAAACCUGCCGCCGCGGGCACUGGACGGGCGGCCGGAGGAAGUGCGCGUGCGCGGGAGGGGGACGCCGCGUGCACGCCCUGACCCGCCGCGCCCGGCGCCGUGGCGCCUCGUCCGGGAAGCCCUCCUGGCUCCUGGGCUGAGCCCCUCGGCCCUUGAGUGUGUCCGGCCCUGACCCUAACUGGGACGUCUGCGCCCCUUUCCCUCAGGCUGGGGUGAUCCGUGUACACAAAAGGCGUCUAAUGGUGUGCGAAUCCACAUGGUAGGGCAGGGCACCAGAGAAAGGACCACGGCGAGGAAGUGGAGGUCCAGAAAGUACGGGUCGCCCAAUACGGAAGGAACUGAGGGACUUCCCCCCACCUCCCGAACCACUGAGAUGCCAUGCCCCUGUGGGUGGGGCCCUAGGAAUCUCCUGGAACCCGCAGAAGCCUUGGCAACGCAAGCCACCGCGUCCCAGCAACAGCCAGCAAGGCAGGCCAAGAGUCAAGGUGGCACGGGGCUUGGAGCAGGUCCGGAUCCCUUUUGCCUAUGGAGCAUAUGGUGGUCCCAGGCCCCAAGUCAGGGGCCCCACCAGGGGCCACUGAGAAUGUUGUACAAGCAGCCGAGGACUGGCUGCCAGGUGUUCUUGGGGGCAUCCCAGCAUGGGCCACCAACCUUGACACAGAGCUUCCAUCAGAUCUAGAGCUGAGUGAGGAGCAGCGGCUGCAGCUCUCCAAGGAGCUGGUCGACCUUCAGAUCACCACCCACUGCCUGCAGGAGCAGCACAAGGCUGAAAUCUUCGAGCUGAAGAAUGAGGUUCUUCGGCUAGAGAGCCGGGUGCUGGAGCUGGAGCUGCAUGGAGAUCGUGCCAGCCGGGGACGUGUAGCCCUCACAGAGGCAGACCCAGGGCACCACCAGGCACCAGCACGAGAGCUCAGACGCAAAAGUCAAAGCCCUGCACUCUCCAACCACUGCAGACUCCAGGUGCAACCCAAAGACUUCCUGACCCCUAGGAAUGAGCAGCAGGAGCUGGGGCACAGCCUGCUGGGGGGCCAGGAGCAGCUGCAGGAGAAAGUAAAGCAGGCGCUGGAGCAUCAUAGGGCUUGGCAGCAGGCACUGGAGACAUGUGUGGCAGCAUUGGGCCAGCAGCUGCAGGGAGCCCAAGAAGAGGCCAGGGCUGCCGGGCAGCGACUGGCUGCACAAGCUGUGGUGCUUUCCACCUGCCAGGGCCAGCUCCGCCAGACUGAAGCCGAGAACGCCCGGCUGCAGCUGCAGCUCAAGAAGCUGAAUGAGGAGCAUGCUGUCCGGCUGCAGCGCUGUGCCCGAGAGGCGGUGGAGCAUGCUGAUGGUGCGGGCCAGGAGCCUGCAGCUGCAGCUCUUCGGAUGUUCCUGGAGACCACUCUGGAGGACAUCAGGGCAACACACCGCAGCCGUGAGCAACAGCUGGCCCAGGCCGCUCGCACUUACCGCAAGCGUCUGGCUGAUCUGAGCCGCAGGCAUGAGGAGCUGCUAGCCGCCCACAGGGCACCCAGGACCCAGAAGGCUACGUUUGAUGCAGCCACCUUGGACCUGAAGCCACUGCCCGUGCACCUGGUCACUGAGCUCAUCCACCUGUGGGAGGACCCGGCGAGGCUAAAGACGCACCUCCAGAAGCUCCAGACCCAGCACAGUGGGCUUGGGAAACUGCUCCUGUCCCCACAGAAGGGACCUGGUGAAACCUCCCAGGGGGGAACAUCGGAGCCACAGGGCCUGGACACUGCAUUCUGGGCCCAGAUCUGCCAGAAGCUCCAAGACUUCUCCCGUGGCACCCAGGCAGAGCUGGAACAGGAGUGGGCUCAGCUGCUGGUCCGGGCCACAGUGGCUGAAGGGCAACUUUCUGAGCUACAGGAGUAUGUGGACCAGCACCUGGGCAGGUACAAGCAGGAAAUCCUGAGGCUGAGAAAGCUGGUGGUUGCAGGGGAACCUUGGAAAGUGGGGGCCACACUUCCAGCCAAGCUCCGGCAUCCAAGGACCCGCAGCCGCUAGCUGGUCUUCCAAGGAGCAUAGAGCAGACAUCUGCAG